AUUUUAUUUUUUAGGAUUUGAUUUGAGGUUAGCUACUUAGCUUGUUAAUCAAAACAAUCAUGAAACGAAAGCAAAGCAAUUUGUUUUAUCUACAUAUGAUACUUGUCCGUGGCUACAUCACUUUAGUGAUUAGAAUUUUAACUUUGUGUCAUUAAGUUUUGUAGGGAAUGGAAUGGGACACCAAGUGGUAACCAGUGGUUUAUUGGUUUUUAACUUAUAACAGAACAAUAUCAAGUAAUACAGGUUAAUUGCCUAGAUAUAAAACAUAUAACUAUGAGCGGAAGGCGGUACGCUGCGGCGUUCUCACCCCUUGCUCGGUCCCUCAGAGAUGUCUACUGCAUAGACUAAAGGUCAACCGAAUAUGAAGUUUAGGGCGAGGUAUCCUGUAUCGUUCCUGCUGUGAGAGCUUGUCUAAGGGCUACCUUUGUGGAUUGGCGAGUUCAUACAAACAGCGUAGCAGUUGCCGCGAUGGACGCGGUGUACGCGUGUUGCUGCUGCCUGCGGCGUGCUCAGGACAAGGACCUGACGACGCCGUACACACAUCUCGGGGAAACAGAGAUUUAUGCCAACAUGAUCAAAGAGUGCUUUGACAUAAAUCUGGUAUUGGGCUGUUCGGGCUCGUGCGGCAUCUGCUCGGCGUGCGUGGGCCGCCUGCGAGACGCGAGCGACUUCAAGCUGCAAGUGCAGCGCAGCCAGGCGGAGCUGCAGGCGUGGCUGCAGAGAGAAAACAGCAAAGAGCAAGACCCCGCAGUGGAGUCAGGAAUGCAGGAUGGAGAUGGGACCAGUGAGGAGCCUGUGUCGCGUGAAGAGGCCACGGUCAAGCCAGAAACGCUGGAUGACGUUGGGACUCCUGAUGAGAUAUUACAUGACAUGCUCCGGUUAAACAUGGCGGCCGGCGACGCGGCGAGCGACGAGGAUGAGCCGCUGUGGGUGGAGGAGCGGGCAGUCAAGUCGGAGGUGUCGGCCGCGGCGAGUGACGAGGAGCGCGUGUCGGUGUGUUCGGACGGCAUCGCCGCCCGCGCCAGGGAACAGCUCGCGACGGCUUGUUCCGUGGUGCUCGAGCGCCUCCGCGGCGACGCCACUGCGAACAGCGGAGGCAAACCAUACGCCUGCGAACACUGCGGCGAACGUUUUAUAAAUAAGUCUAUUUUAAGGAAUCACUUACAAUAUACCCACUUAUCGUCUGGACCCAAGAGAUAUGCUUGUGAUUUUUGUAGUUUUACGUUUGAAACCAAAUUGCUUGUAAUAGAACACGAGAAAAGCAAACACGGUGUCACAAAUUUCAUGUGUGCUGAAUGUGAGUAUACAACAAGUUCUAAGAAAAGUUUGGAGACUCAUUUAAAGUGUCACUCUUUGGAGAAUAAGUUUAAUUCAAGUCAUUGUAGUUACACAAGUUCGUGUAAAAGUGAUUUACACAAACACCAAACAAUACACUUUGCUGGAAAACCUUUUGAGUGUAGCGACUGUGAUUUCAAAUGCAGUGUAGAAUCAAACCUGCGACGUCACCAGCAGACACACAACCGGAGGCAACAGAGAAUACUCACUGGAAAACAGCUUUACAAAUGUAGUCAUUGCGACUACAAGUGCAGUGCUAGUUCUAUGUUACGAAGGCACGAAAGGACACAUACUGGCGAGAAGCCUUUUACGUGCAGCUUCUGUGAUAACAAAUUCAGUCAGAGAUCAACCUUACAUACACACCAAAGGAUUCACACCGGAGAAAAGCCUUACACUUGUAGUCAUUGCGACUACAAGUGUAGUCGGAGUUCAAACUUACGAAAUCAUGAAAGGACACAUACUGGCGAGAAGCCUUUUCAGUGUACCCACUGUGAUUACAGAUCCAGUCAGAAGUCACACUUACAAAGCCACCUGAUGAUACAUACUGGCGAGAAGCCUUUUCAGUGUAGCCACUGUGAUUACAGAUCCAGUCAGAAGUCAAACUUACAAAACCACCUAAUGAUACAUACUGAGGCGAAGCCAUUUCAGUGUAGCCACUGUGAUUACAAAUGCAAACUGAAGUCACACUUACAAAGCCACCUGAGGAUACAUACUGGGGCGAAGCCAUUUCAGUGUAGCCAUUGUGAUUACAAAUGCAGUCAAAAGUCAAACUUACAAAGACACCUGACGAUACAUACUGGGGUGAAGCUAUUCAAAUGUAGCAAUUGCGUAUAUAAGACCAAUUGGAAAGGAGACUUGCUAAAACAUCAGAUGAUACAUACUGACUAAAAGCCUUUUAUUUGUACCCACGGCAACAACAGAAGUGGAUAUAAAUAUGAUUUACAAAGACAUCUUAGAACGAAACAUUCCGGUGAAAAACCCAGAAAUAGUUCGUACAGAACAUGUGUCGGGUGUGGGCUAUGUGGUGUAUGUGUCGUGGCUCCCUUGCACGAUGUGUUCCCGGUGUCGUGCCGGCGUGUGUCGUGCAGGACGAGCGAGUGGCGUGUGUAGUGGCGAGAGGCUGCUUCAGGUUGCGUCUCCACCAGAGAUGUGCGAGGAUGCGUAGCGAGGGAUAUGUUUUUAGGGUUCCGUAGCCAAAUGGCAGAAAACGGAACCGUAAUGGAUUCGUCUGUCUGUCUGUCCGUCCGUGUCACAGCCACUUUUUUCCGUAACUAUAAGAACUAUACUGUUGAAACUUGGUAAGUAGAUGUAUUCUGUGAACCGCAUUAAGAUUUUCACUCAAAAAUAGAAAAAAAAAGUAAUAAAUUCAUCAAACCCAUACGUGUGGGGUAUGGAUAUGUCUUCAAAAAUGAUAUUGAGGUUUCUAAUAUCAUUUUUUUUCUAAACUGAAAAGUUUGCGCGAGAGACACUACCAAAGUGGUAAAAUGUGUGCAUCAUUUGAGAAAUUAUGAAUGUGGGCUGAGAAUGAGUGGGUUACUCGUCAAAUGUCUUCUUUACGCUGAUGACCUGGUAUUGCUAGCGUCGUCGGGUGAAGAGUUGAAGCAGAUGGUAAUUAUAAUGCAUGGAUCUUUUUAAAGGAAAGGAAUUAAAAUAAUUGUAAACAAAACGAAAGUAAUGGUAUUUGAACAACAGAAGACAUUGAUAGGAGAGUGAAUGCUGGAAAUCCUGUGGAUUGGGCACUCAACGCUUUUAUGAGCAGGCAGAAGGUGUCACAAAAAGCAUGGUUGGUUGUGCAUAGAGGGGUGUUGGUGCCUACACUUAUGUAUGGUAGCGAAAAUUGGGUAUGGCAGAAGAGGCAUUAGAGCCAUGUGAAUGCAGUGGAAAUGAGAGCGUUGAAAAGUGUGCGUGGUGUGAGAUUAUAAGAUAUAAUUAAGAACAGUGUGAUAAAGGAAAAGUGUGGACUGAACGAACAUGUGUGGAAAGAAUGAGUGAAAUACUAACAAAGAGAGUGUAUAAGGGAGAAGUAGAAGAGGGAGCUGGAAGGGGGAGACCUCGGCGGACUUUCUCUGAUUAAACCAGCAAGCGUGUAUGAGGAAUGUUAUGAAAGUGAAGGAAGCGAAAGAGGCAUGUCAGGAUCGUAGCAAGGGGAAAUCCGUGGUCUCUACCUACCCCUCCGGGAAAUAGGCGUGAUUAUAUGAAUGUAUUUUGAAUCUUUAUUGAAUUUAUUUGUCUUGGCAAGUUUUGAUUCUUGAAUAAAUUAACAGACUACUGGGUAGAUUAUUCCUCAACUAAAGAUGCAUGGUUACAUUAGUUGGGCAGGUUAGGUAUGAUAAAAUUUGCGAAUUGCGAUAAAUGCCAAAGUUUAGACUUCGAAUAUUCGCUUAAGGUCGCUUGUACUGAAUAAACAGAAUGACCCUUAACUUAAAAUUUACGUAACGUUGCUUUGUACCUACAGUCCUACAAAAAGCAUUAGCCGCACAGUAAAAAUAACAUACGUUUUGAUUUCGUUUUCUUUAAAAUUGAGUUAUGUAUAGCUAUAAUUUCACGAAGCCUAUCGAGGGGAGUACAGUAAAAAUAUUAUUUCCUUCGCAUUUGGAUACCUACCGUUCCUCAUUUACUGUAAAUACGUUUAGCCGGGUAUUUACAGAAACUGUAACUAAAGCGGAUGAAAUAGAUUUUUUCGAGUAAUAAAAAAUAUUCGGAAACUAAGCGGUCGAAUAUUCGAAUAUCAAAACAGGUCGAAUAUUCGACAAAUUCAAAUAUUGCACGAAUUGCAAGCCCUAUUUUUAAGAACUAAGAAUCACUUCAUUUGUUCUCCGCGCUCAGCGUGUAGUGAUUCUAUUGGUUCUUAACAAACAGUCCUCGCUACGCAUUCUCGCACAUCUGGUGGAAACACAGCCUUACUCAACUACUUAAGAUAUAUGAAAAACUAUAACCUGUUUGCGGAUAAUGUGUCAACACUCAAUACAUACGGACGUUUUGUUAUUCUGUUUAAUAUUUUGCUUACACGUAGACCGCGAGCCAGCAACAGAUUUCCAUGACCAAUCGCAAGUCGCAUGAACAUGUAAAAAAUAAGCGCUUUACCUUCUUAUGAUAGCAAUAAAGAAAAACAUGAAACUUUGCAUGUAGUAUUUCAUCAGGUGAAACGCCUGAAACGUCAUAAACGGAUUACGCAAUUUACACAUUACGCAUACUUUGCGGACAUAAAGUGGUAAGGCGCGUAUUUUUUACAUGCUCACUUUACAGCUGCUGGUCUUUCCACCGCGAUACAACCGGCUGACUAUUUUUACUUAUUUAAAACAGCAUCUAAACUAUCAUCUGACAAAGUAUCAGCCGGGAGGCGAUGACUCACGAAAUAUGCUCCUGGCCCGCGGUCUAACGGGUCAAAAAGACCAAUUAGUAGUUAUUUAGUAGUAUUAUUGACACUACAAUACUUUUUUUUAAUUAAGGGGCUCCCCGCGGUUUUCAUCGAUUUUUGACAAGUUUUGAGUCGUUACUCCUACAUUUGCACUAUAGAUAGAAUUAUAAGACAACCGGCUAUCGGUUCUUCAAUCUUUUAUCUCCAUUCUGGUCUGCCGAAUUUUGAAACCCUUAAUUUGUUUAUUUUUAAACAACGUCAAACAAAACAGUUUUUUCGUUACUCGAUUGCUGUGAAGGAUUUUACAUGUACAAAAUCUACACAUUUGCGUUCGUCUUUAACGUCGCUAAAAAUUGGUCAGAUUGUAAUUUUAAACUAAUUAACACAAAAGCUAUGGCCAGUAAACCAGUUUUUUGGCCUAAAAUUGUUCAACUUUGAUGCCAAAUAUAUCGAAGACAGUGAUUUAUGAAGUAAAUUUGGUAUACUAUAUUGCUUGGAGCCGUUGCUGUUAAUAUGAUAAGCUACAAAAAACAUUACAAAACUAAGGGAUUCAACUCCAAGGUCAUUGGCGUUAGGGACCCCCUUAAUAAAACUAUCAUGAAAUAAAACGUUGGUGAUAUUAA